UCAAAUAUCUUCGCCAGAUCUACAAAUAUUUCAAAUUCGCAUGUUUUAACUUCAGAAUUUCAGAGCAUAGCGUUACGUUUUGGCGGACUUUCGUAUUUCGGACGAUUUUCCAACCGUUUGUUUUCCGUUGGCGAGCGCGGGUCACGUGAGCGGAGAGCGCCCAUUUUGUGGCUGAGAGAAGGUUCUAGAAAAAGGGACCGAGCGGAGGUUGAGGCUUGGCCCAGCCGUCGAGUUUCUUCAGCUUCAGAGUGAACUUUCCGCUAAAUACACACCGCCUGAGUUGAAGUGUAACUAUUUUGAGAACACUUUUUCGGGAAGGAUGGAGGAAUUUUCAGCUUCUGUACAGGAUAUUGGGCAAGCAGUAAGGCAGCAGACAGUAGAAAAGAUAUUUGAGAACAGGGAUAAGGAGCAGUACCGCAAGCUGUUUAUAGGUGGUCUCAGUUUUAAUACAUCAGAAGAAAAUUUAAGAGGCCACUUUGAGCAAUGGGGAAAGCUUACAGACUGUGUGGUCAUGAGAGAUCCUCAAAGCAAAAAAUCAAGAGGAUUUGGAUUUGUGACAUUUUCUACUGCAGAAGAAGUUGAUGAUGCAAUGGCUGCAAGACCUCAUAAAAUAGAUGGUCGUGUAGUGGAGCCUAAACGAGCAGUUGCAAGAGAAGAAUCUGGGAAACCGGGUGCUCACUUAACUGUGAAGAAGUUGUUUGUUGGUGGAAUAAAAGACGACACUGAUGAACAUCACCUCAGAGCAUAUUUUAAGAACUAUGGAAAAAUAGAAUCCAUUGAAGUAAUAACUGACCGACAAAGUGGAAAAAAGAGAGGAUUUGCAUUUGUAUCAUUUGAUGACCAUGAUCCGGUGGACAAAAUAGUCCUUCAAAAGUAUCAUUAUGUUAAUGGACACAAUGCAGAAGUGAGAAAAGCUCUGUCUCGUCAGGAAAUAAUGGAGGCACAAAGUAACCGGAUGGGACGAGGAGGUGGUGGAUUUAGAGGAGACUCUCGUGGUGGCAAUUUUCCUAUGGGACGUGGUGGAAACUUCGGAGGUGGCCCUCAUGGAUUUGGAGGUGGUCGUGGUUUUGGUGAUGGUCCUGGUUUCAAUGGUUAUGGUGGAGGUGGUGGUAACUUUGGCGGUGGCCCUGGAUUUGGUGGAGGAUUUGGCAAUCAGGGUGGUGGCUAUGAUGGAGGUGGAAAUUAUGGUGGAAAUUUUGGUGGUGGUGGUAACUACAAUGAUUUUGGAAAUUACAAUCAUCAGAAUUCUAAUUUUGGACCAAUGAAAGGUGGAAACUUUGGAGGUAGAAAUAUGGGUGGACCAUAUGGAGGAAACUAUGGUGGUGGAGGAGGAGGAGGAUUUGGUGGCCGCAGCAGAUAUUAAUUCAAUAACAACCCAUUCCAAGGGCAUCACUAUAUAAAUAGGGGAGGAUGAGAGCCCAGAGUUUACAGGACAGCUGCAGGUUAUUCUCUCAGCAAAAUUUUAAGGAAAAAAUUUAUCUCAGCGGAACAUAAAAGGCAGUGAGAUGACGGAAGACUCCAGAGCACAGGCAGAGAAAACCAUUUUGUCAAUGCUUGGGAUUGUUUAAUUGAGCGGACUCUUGAUGUGGAGAAAGGACUGUAAAGAUGCCUUGGAGACAGAUUUCUAGCUUUUUUAAUUUUCUUUGCUGUAGUAUCUUUGUAGUGUUCUACACAAGUUCCAAUGUGGAAUUGUUAUGAGUUUGAGGGGAUUUUUGACAUUUAAAUAUUCUUAGAUGCACUGAGAAAUUUUGAGAGCUAUGAACCAGGAUCAUGGAGUUUAUAAUAUUCAGCCUUUCUAUGUUAAAUAUCUGCAGUGUGUAGAGUUUGGAAAAUGUUGUAUGUCCACAGUAACUUUAAUAAAAUCCCAAAAAAAAAGAAAAGGGGGUGUGUAAUUGUUUUCUUAGGUAGAUAUAUCGUGGGUGGGUAAAUUCCAGCUUUUGACACAGCCAGGGGAAUGCAGGACUGCUAAUCAGGCAAAAAGUGCAGAGAUGAAUCGUCAAGUCCUCAGACUUUUAAAAACUGCUAGAACUGGUUUCUGCGAGAAGGAGAGAUCCUUAGAACGUAUAGAUACAGCAGCUACUUCAUCGGCCAGGAAAGGCAUGAUCCGACGUUAAACAGCAAGUGGUUUACACUUCCAAGAAAACAGGUCUAGCACAAGAAGUCUGGACAAAGAAGCUAAUUUCAGCCAGCACUCUUGUAACAGUGAGCGGUAUUCAUGGAUCAAAAGCUUUAACUGCAGUAAAUUUAAAGAGGAGGCCAACGAAAACAGAUGUGUCUUAUAGAGCAGAAUAGAGCUAAGCAUCAGUUAACUUCACCAUGUAGGUAAGAUAUUAUUUAAUUGUCUUUUACGUUACAGAAGUGAAGAGGUGGUCAAAACUUAGCUCAUAGAAAUCGAGCAGAUAAUUGUUUUGGUAUAUUGAAUUUGUUCUAUUGUAUCACAUUGUGGGAAUUUCUUUACACCAAAUUCCUUGUGCCAUUAAAUGCCCCAAAACAAAAAUAAACUUUCACUGUCUCUUUGUGCCUAACUAAUAAACUU